CCAAGGUGUGAUCCCAGGCAGGAGGGGGUCCAAUGGCCACUGCAAACUAUGACCCCCACCUGGGCGCAGGCCCGUCUGAGGACUCAGAGAUCCUCCUGGAUGAUUCUGACACAGGGAGCGUCCUCUCUGAUGACUCAGUGCUUCCUGAGUAUGAGACGGAUGAAAGGCAUACAGAGCCACCUAAAACACUCUAUGAGGCCUGUUCAAGAAACGCCAGUGCAUCCCUGCGCAGGAUCCUGGAGAGAGGAGUCUCUAAGGAAGAGGCCAUGGAGCUGGACAUCAAUGGCAGGAACGGACUGAUGCUGGCUGUAUCCAAGGGUUUUGUAGACAUUGUCACACUGCUGAACACGUGUCCAUUCAUAGACAUCAACCACCAAGACAAUGACGGCAAUACUGCCCUCAUGAUCGCUGCCCAGGCAGGCUUCAUCACCAUUCUGAACUACAUCCUUAACUUCUUCUCGGAUGUGGACACCGAGAUAAGGGACCCCCGCGGCUUCACAGCUCUCAUCAAGGCUGGCCUGCAGGGCCGAGAGGAGUGUGUGUCUGCCCUGCUAAUGCAUGGUGCAGAUAUGAAUGCAAUGGACCUGGUUCAAGGGAGAGGUCUUCGUGACUGGGCCAUCAGGACAGGACGGUUCGAGACCCUCAUGAGACUACGACGCCUGCAGGCUCACCCUGUUGCUGAGCAGUUCUGUGAGAGCUACAUUCCUGAGUGGCCAGAGCUGAAACAACUGGUAGCAAAGGCCACAGCCACCAAAUCAGCCAGUCAGAAGCUGCGUCAGCGCAUAAAAGACAGCCUUACUUUUAGCUUUCCUCACGACGCCGAGGACAACGGGGUGCUAGACCACAUGGUGCGAAUGACCACUGGCAUCCACAGCCCAUUAGUAGCCACCGGUUGUCGCCCUUUCUGUCCCUCAAGUCCCCCAGAGAUCGGCAAGCGCCGGUAUGCCAUACCUGAACUGCUUGAAAAGCACAGCAUUAAGGAGCUAGAGGAGAGCACAGUGUCCCAUAGUAAAGGCACGGUCAUCUCUGCAUCUCCCACCACUAUCUCAGUCGCCUCUGUAUCGUUGACAUCCUGCUGCCAGGAUACAGUGGGCAGGGAAAGCAUGCCAUCAGGGGGCAUGAGGAGCUACAUGCCUCGCAGCAUGGUCCAUAGAAACAGUAUAUUCCCCUCAGGAUGUAUUCCUAAGAUUGAAGUGACAAAAUCUGGAGAGCCCACUCCAAAGAAAGAGAAAAAGAAGAAGAGGCAAAGAGGCUACCUGGAGCCUCCUGUGUGGAAGUACAAAGAGGCAAAGGAGGAGAAGAAAAGGGAGAAGAAGCAGCAGCAAGAAAAGGAAAAAGAAGAGAAAAAAUCCAAGGGGUCAAAGCAAUCAAAAUGAGGCAUUAUAUGGGAAUUGUACUGUGAUAAUGUUGUGCAUGAGGUAUAAGUGUGAGUAUAGACACUGAGACGAGCCUAACAAAGUCAAAGAGAUGGUCCCACAGAUUUUAAAAUAAGCACUUAAAAAAUCUAAACUAUUUGAACUUUGGCUUGAGUUGUACAUGGGGAAAGUGUAUGGACGUCAGUUUGCAAGAUGUGACUUUUCAGCUAUGGAAGUCUUUAAAUGACAUGAAUCAAAUGAUAUUUGGUUUGUGGAUGCUUGUGGACAUUAACUAACAGUAAUUGUGGACUUUUGAAAAAAAGAAAUCAACAAUUAUGACGAUUACUCCUCUGUAAAUGAUUUCCAAGUAGGGUGCAAUCUUGUUA